AUGGGCUUUGGGAACCUGGGGGAUCUGCUCGGAAAGCGAAGGGUGCGCGCCUGGGGUGAGAGUGCGGAGAGUCCAGCUGGGACGGGUGCAUUUAUGCUGCGCUGCUGUCACAUGUGUCCAUCACGACAUGUGAGACUAGUGACAUCCUGACCUCACAGGAUCCCAGAAUGAUGAUAUGUGAAGGGUUUUCCAAGGUCAUCUAUUUCUGACUCUCUUGAAAUCUUUAAAGACAUUGGGCCUGGAAGGUUCAUUGAUUUGUCCGGGGAAACCGUUUGUUUGUGACAGAAUCAGGAGGAAAACAGUGCACCUCACUCUCUCACAGCUGAACCACAGUUCUCUACUCUCCCAAGAGCAGAAAAUGAACAUACCUCAGGCAUCAGUGUCAUUCAAGGACAUCACUGUGGAGUUCACCCAGGAGGAGUGGCGGCAGAUGGACUACGCUCAGAGGACCCUGUACAGAGAUGUGAUGCUGGAGAACUACAGCCAUCUUGUCUCAGUGGGGUACUGCUUUACAAAACCAGAACUGAUCUUCAUGUUGGAGCAAGGAGAAGAUCCAUGGCUAUUAGAGAAAGAAUUUGUAAACAGAAGUUCCCCAGAAGAAUCCCAACCUGAUGAACUCUUAGAGGCAAGACACUUGAGGCAAGUUUUAUUUAUCAACAAAUCAUUGACUACAGAGCAAGAUAUUACAAGAAAACUAUGUACUCUGGACAUAAACAUUUUUCCUGCAGAAACAAUGCCCUGUAUAUUUGACACUACAGGGUCUACUUAUUUGCUUCUUAGCUCAUUGGCCCCACACUGUCAGUAUUCAAGAAAUAAGGCUUAUGAGCUUAAUGUAUGUGAGAACUGGCUCCUCAGUAUUAAGGAUGGCAGAACUAAUACUGGAGAGAAAUCUUUUGUUUAUAGUAAAAGUGUGAAAGCCUUUGGACAUAAAGACAAAGUUAUUCAGCAUCAGACAAUUCAGACUUUGAGGCAGGCUUUUGAAUGUAAUAAAUGUGGAGAAGAUGUUCUUGAAAAGACUGCCCUUGUUACAUCUAAGAGUACCCACCCAAAAGUGAAAUCUUAUAAACUCAAUAAAUUUGGGGAAAACCAAUGUGAUAAAUCAACCUUGAUAGUCUCUCAGAGCAACCAUCCCGAGAAGAGUCACUAUGACUUUAAUAAAUAUAAAUGUACUACUGAUAAAAACAGAAGUAAUUUCAGUAGGACCACUCAAAGUACUGACACAGAAGGGAAAUCUUUCAGCCCAAAAUUACAUAUUAGAGAACAGCAAAAAAUUCAUAUAGGGGUGAAACCCUUUGAAUACGGAAAGAAUUUCAGCCAUAAUUCAACCCUCCCAGUGCAUCAGAGAAUUCACACAAUAGAACAGUCCUCCUAUGGCACAUGUACAGAAUCACUGGGUUACCAGUCAACUUUCAAUGUACAUAAGAGAACUCAAAUAACAGUGAAACCCUAUGAGUGUAAUGAAUGUGGAAAAUCCUGCACUAUGACUUCAUGCCCAAUUCAACCUCAGAAAAGUCACACAGAGGAGAAACCAUAUGAAUGUCAUGAAUGUGGGAAAGCUUUCAGUGAGAAGUCACGCCUAAGAAAACAUCAGAGAACUCACACAGGAGAGAAACCCUAUAAAUGUGAUGGAUGUGAGAAAGCUUUCAGUGCAAAGUCAGGCCUAAGAAUACAUCAGAGAACUCAUACAGGAGAGAAACCUUUUGAAUGUAAUGAAUGUGGGAAAUCUUUCAACUAUAAGUCAAUCCUCAUAGUACAUCAGAGAACUCACACAGGGGAGAAACCCUUUGAAUGUAAUGAAUGUGGAAAAUCUUUCAGCCAUAUGUCAGGCCUAAGAAAUCAUCGGAGAACUCACACAGGAGAAAGACCAUAUAAAUGUGAUGAAUGUGGGAAGGCUUUCAAAUUGAAGUCAGGUCUAAGAAAACAUCAUAGAACUCAUACAGGGGAGAAGCCCUAUAAAUGUAAUCAGUGUGGGAAAGCAUUCGGUCAGAAAUCACAACUCAGAGGACAUCAUAGAAUUCACACAGGGGAGAAACCCUAUACGUGUAAUCAUUGUGGGGAAGCUUUUAGCCAGAAAUCAAACCUCAGAGUACAUCACAGAACUCACACUGGGGAGAAACCCUAUAAAUGUGAUGAGUGUGGAAAAGCUUUCAGGCAGAAAUCAAAUCUCAGAGGACAUCAGAGAACUCACACAGGGGAGAAACCCUAUGAAUGUAAUGAAUGUGCCAAAGCUUUCAGUGAGAAGUCAGUCCUAAGAAAACAUCAGAGAACUCACACAGGAGAGAAACCCUAUAAUUGUAAUCACUGUGGAGAAGCUUUCAGCCAGAAAUCAAACCUCAGAGUACAUCAGAGAACUCACACUGGGGAGAAACCCUAUAAAUGUGAUAAAUGUGGGAAAACUUUCAGCCAGAAAUCAAGCCUUAGAGAACAUCAGAAAGCCCACACAGGGAACUAAACAUAAAUGUAAUGAACAUGGAAAAACUCUGAGCUGGAAAUCAAGUCUCACAAUACAAAAUAAAACACGUAGGAGAGAACCCCUAUGAAUAUAAUGAACACUUGGAAGUUUCUCUGCAAGAUACCAGCUUUCUCUAAACAUCAGAGAACUUACAUGAGAGAAGUUCUUGAAAUAUAUUUUGUAUGGGCAGUCUCCUGUUGAGGGCAGUCCUCAUUGUAGAUCAGAGAAUUCGAUCCAGCAAAGAAACUCUAUAAAGGUAAUGAAUACAAGGAAUACUCUGUGCAUUCAAUCCUUGGAAAACUCACACUGCAGAAGAACUCUGGGAAUGUAAUGAAAAUGUCAAAACUGUGCCAGCAAUCAAAAUUCGUUCAUCAUCAGAGAAAUCAAACAGUGAGAAAAUUGAGAAUGUAAUAAAUGUGAGGUAACCUUUAGCCAAAAGCCAGCUUCCUCAGUAAAGAAGAAAAUACAUAAAGGGUAGAGACUUCAUAGCAUAUCAGAACGGGCAAGAAAUCAAGGUAAUAGAUAUGGGGAAUCCUUCUACCAUAAGUCAGACCACAAUUUGACUAACACGAGGGUAAUAACUAUUUGACAUAUAAUGACUAUUAAUUGUUCACCAAUAACCAUUUCCUCUUUUUUCUCAUGCCACGCCUGGUCUAAAUUUCUCAACUACUCUGUCAUCCAAAUGAGAUCAUAUUUUUAACCUCUGAAUAGUGAAAUAUAGGGGUCAAUGACAAGUCUUACUAAUUACAUCUCGCAAAUUCUUAAUGUUUUCUCCUGUCCCUUGUCAGAGUGGAGUGGAGAUUACCCCCAGCAAAACCAAGGGGCUCGUGCACAGAAGAUGAAAGGGUACAAAAUAGAAAGAAACAGGGCUAGAGAGUGACUAUUGAAUGGAAUUUUCUCCUGCAUGUACACAGACUUUUUGCUGUGAUGAAAUAAACUCGUUCUCUGCUGAGCUCCUACAGGUUUGGGUAUACUUAAUACUGACAUAUAUUCACCAACCCUCAGUUAACAGAGCCUAUGAAUAUGAUUUCUCCAGACAUGUGAACUCAGUAUAGUAUAUCAGAAAUAUACGAUACACAGGUAAAACCCCUGACAACAUCUUGAAUGACCAUAGUUUUUAUCCACAACUCUUCCUCUUCGGUCAAGUAAAUAUCAGGGGAAGAUACCUAACAUUACAACAUACAUAGGUAAUACUUUACCCCAAAAUGAGAUCUCAUUAAAUACCUGAUAACUGAGCUGUGAAUCAAAGCUUUCAACGAGUCAUCAGAGUUUAAUAUCUCUCAGAGUUUGUUAUAAGGGAAAAAUUUAUCAAUUUGAGAAAGGUGAAUAAUAGCCUUUGUGUUAUAUAAAAACUAUUGUUUCAUAUGUAAUAUUAAGACAGAUAAUGAAAUAUAACAAUAUUGGUUCAUGGACAUUCACUAGAAUAAUAUUUUUAAAAAUAAGGAAUAAAUUGCAUAAACUGCACAGUGUUGAAUGUAUGUGAACAUUUUCUGAGUUCUCUUGUCUAUAUGAGUUUGUAUGUGCAUGCCACUUAGAUGUUUGCUUUGUAUGUAUAUUGGAACUCAAAUGCAUUGUUAUAGAAUUAUGUUCCUCUUACUUAGUAACUAUUCUGAUAUCAACUAUGAUUUGCCACAUAUAUAUUAGUAACAAAUAAACCUUUUACAGGAAGUAUCUGAAAAUUCACAAUCCUAUACCUCAUUCUUUUUCUCCUGACGUGUGCAUAUAGGAAAGGCCAUUGUUACUAAGCUAUCUUUUUCCAGCAAAGCCAAACCAUGUUUUCUGUGUACUUUUGUAUCAUCUCUGGGUCAUUAAUACAAAUACUGUAUUAAAGCAUACACAUGUAUAAAUAUAUGUAAAUGUGUGUGUGUGUAUUCUAUCUCUCUCUUCAGUGUCACUAAUACUUCCUCAGUGAUAUCAAAGUAUACUGAUAAGCCCUCUGAAGGCAUUCUUCAUUUACUGUAUGUGUUUUUUAUUUCCAACAUUUAAAUGUUACUGUAGUUUCUAUCUUUCUGCCAAAAUAACCCAUCUGAUCUUGCAUGUUGUUUAGCUUUUUUACAAUCAUUUUAUAUAGUGUUUGGCACUCUCUAUCUCAGUUAAGCAACUGCUUUGGUUCUUGUCUCUCCUUACAGCCACCUAGCUCUCCAGACUUUGGGCUAGUUUUUUUCUCUGCAAUUUCAGAUAUCUGAUAUAUUCAAGAAAAGUUGUUAAUUUAAACUCUUCCCAGCUGUCUUCUUGUUUAAGAACAGGAGCAAUGCUUUUCCUGCUCUCUAAUUAUCUGAAACAUAACUGAAAGUUGUUAGUUGAUUUUUGACAUAUGUUCCAGGGUAACUUGAUGCAAAAAAGAUGACUUUUUUCAAAAAUG